GACGGGUUCUUCCAAACCACGUUGCUGGAGGCGCGAGCUGGGCUGCGGAGGGUGUUCAGGAGGGGGCUCCCGGGCGUCAGACAAGGACCGGGAGCGGGAAGGGCUUUGUAUGUGGCCUUCCAUGCAUAGGUAUUUUGGAAUUCUGGAUCCUGUUCUGAGUUGAGCCUCAGCCGAGGUCACUGCUGUCAGUUCACCGUCUUGCUUGCCCGGCGCAGGGCACAGUGGCAGGGCGCGGGGGAGUAUGGUAGAAACGAUUUGGCCUCCUGCCCCUCCGGAUCUUACAGCCUAGAGUUAGACCAGGUCACGUUUUAUUGGAGGGAAUUCGGGAAAAUCUCCAUGGAGGAAGUAGCGGGUGGGAAGGACGUGAGUUGGAGAGAAUGGAGAGCAUGACGUAGAAUGGGCAUUCCGAGUCAAGAGAACUUGGGCAAGCUGGAGGGAGGGAGGUUGCAUAUUUUUUCAACAGGGAGUAUUAGGAGCUAAGCCAUGAAAAGCAGCUGGGCACCGUGUUGCGGAGGGUUUUGAGUACCGGACAGGAGUUUUUAUCUAAUUCAGGGGUCUCUUGAGAGCAGCCAUUGGAGGUGUUGGAGUAGGGAGAGUAAUACGAUUGAAGCAGAUGCUUGUGAAGAAAGAUCUGGACCCCUGCGUAGCAGUUUGGUGAAGCAGAAGGUGGAGACCCAUUAAGAUGCCAUUUCAAGAACUAAAAUUAAUUUUAAAGAUUAAGACAGUUUAGCUGGGAGGUAAUAAAGGGAUAAGCGUUAGGAAUUGAGCAUGUAAAGGAGAGGAUAUUUGAAGGACAUUACUCGUGGUAACAAGGCAUGGGGUUACUGACAGGUCAAUAGAAGAAAAUAGCCUCUUCAUCCCCUGCUAACUCUGGCCAGUGGGCCCUUUCUAUCUCAGCUGAUCCCAGGGACUACAAAAAUUCUAUCCAUCCAUCCUGAUGUGAAGCCGGUCACAUUGUUUUCUCGGGUUUAGGGAAAUCUCCAGGCAUAGUCCUCUGGACUGAGGUAUGAACAGUAUAAUGAAGGGCAAAAUGGGAGGAGGGGCUUGGAGUCUUAUUCCUUGCAUUUCAGCCCCACCCCCACCUGCAAAGGGAGGAUAUUGAAGCACACAGUAGCGCUGACCUGUCCUUCCUGCUCCCGGCUUCUGCAGGAGGGAAGGGAUAGGGGUGAGGAGGGAUUGUGGAGGCGUUUCUAAACUAAUUUUGUGCUUUGUCCUAUCUCCACUGCUCCCCAUCCCCAGGUUUUGAAAAUGCCUCAGGGCCUGUAAAGUUCGGCAUUUCCCUUUCAAGAUGCCCGUCUCAGACUUUGUUCUGGCCCUGAAGGACAAUCCUUACUUUGGGGCUGGAUUUGGGCUGGUGGGUGUGGGCACAGCCCUGGCCCUGGCCCGGAAGGGCGUCCAGUUGGGCCUGGUGGCAUUCCGGCGCCAUUACAUGAUCACACUAGAGGUCCCUGCUCGAGACAGGAGCUAUGGCUGGUUGCUUAGCUGGCUCACCCGCCACAGUACCCGGACUCAGCACCUCAGUGUCGAGACUUCAUACCUUCAGCAUGAGAGUGGCCGCAUCUCCACUAAGUUUGAAUUUGUCCCCAGCCCUGGAAACCACUUUAUCUGGUAUCAAGGGAAGUGGAUCCGAGUGGAACGAAGCCGACAGAUGCAGAUGAUAGACCUGCAGACGGGGACGCCUUGGGAAUCCGUCACCUUCACGGCUCUGGGCACUGACCGCAAAGUUUUCUUCAACAUACUGGAGGAAGCUCGAGAGCUAGCCUUGCAGCAGGAGGAAGGGAAGACAGUGAUGUACACAGCCGUCGGCUCUGAAUGGCGCCCCUUUGGCUAUCCACGCCGCCGCCGGCCACUGAGUUCUGUGGUUCUAGAACAGGGUCUGGCUGACCGAAUUGUCAGAGACAUCCGGGAAUUCAUCGAUAACCCCAAGUGGUACACUGAUAGAGGCAUUCCCUACAGACGUGGCUAUCUGCUUUAUGGGCCCCCUGGUUGCGGAAAGAGCAGUUUUAUCACAGCCCUGGCUGGGGAACUGGAGCACAGCAUCUGUCUGCUGAGUCUCACAGACUCCAGCCUCUCCGAUGACCGGCUCAACCACCUGCUGAGCGUGGCCCCGCAGCAGAGCCUGGUGCUCCUGGAGGAUGUGGAUGCUGCCUUUCUCAGUCGAGACCUGGCUGCGGAGAACCCAGUCAAGUACCAAGGUCUAGGUCGUCUCACCUUCAGUGGACUGCUCAAUGCCUUGGACGGUGUGGCUUCCACCGAGGCACGCAUUGUGUUCAUGACCACUAACCAUGUUGACAGGCUGGACCCUGCGCUCAUACGCCCUGGGCGGGUAGACCUGAAGGAGUAUGUGGGCUACUGCUCACACUGGCAGCUGACCCAGAUGUUCCAGAGGUUCUAUCCAGGGCAAGCACCUUCCUUGGCUGAGGCCUUUGCAGAACGUGUCCUUCAAGCUACAACUCAGAUCAGUCCUGCCCACGUGCAGGGCUACUUCAUGCUGUAUAAAAAUGAUGCUGCAGGGGCAGUUCACAAUGCUGAGUCCCUGAGGAGCUGACAACUGGACUGUGCUCGGCUCUCCUCCUCUAGGAGGUCAAUAAACACCUGCCACAUUACUCUGGGCUCUGCCUGCCUGUAUUGGUACUUGACUAAACAGCAGGGGCUAUAAUUGCAGAUGCCUACAGGGGCCAUCAGGCAUCCACAUAUACAAGAGCUGGGGGCACAGCCUGAGACAAAGUGGGAAGAAGAGAGACUCCAACAGGAAAGCACAGUCGUCCACCUAGAGGCAUUAACAUUUAAAAAACAAUCCAUCCAUAAAUAAACAAAUGUUGGGAUAUACACAGUGGGUUACGUGGCAGGAUGGUUCCUGCAUAUUCUACUUAAAUGAUGGCAUCCACAGUUCUCCCUGAAACCCACUACACUAGCUGAGAUGUCAGACCCAUCUUUACCCAGACCCCAAUUUCUUGGGAGAACAGACUUCAGAGCCAAGUUGGGACUACCCUGCCACACUCCAGUCUUGUUAGGAAUUUAGAAAGAGAGCCAUACUUCAUAGGCUGGGCACUACUGAGCAAAGAAAGCUGAACAAGGCCAAAUCUCUUUAUUGUCCUCCUCCCACCCCAAAUCCUCAAGUGCCCCCACGGUACUGCUAGGAACCGUCCUCAGAUUCCAG